AUGGCCGCCCCCAAAAACACCGCCUCGGGCUUCAAGCCCAAGAACAAGAUGCGCCGACAGGCCGCCCAUCUGGCCAUCAAGAAGGCGCGCGAAUCCGAAAAGCGAGACGUGCGCAUGCGCCGCAAGCGGGACGAGGACAAGAACCCAGAGCUGCGCCAGGAGCGCCUGGAAAACAACAAGCCCGCCACCAUUGACAGCAAGCGCGUGUGGGACGAGCCCGUGGGCGACGACGAGGAUGCGCUGGGCUGGGCCAUUGACGUCGAGCGCCUGGCCAAGCGGAGAAAGCUCGAGCAGGACGAGGGAGCCCAAGGCGGAGAAGAAGAAGAAGAAGAAGAAGGCACGCUGGCCAAGCUGAAGAAGCGCGACCAAGCCGUGCAAGACGCCGACAGCGAUGCUGGCGACGACUCGGACGAGGCAGACAGCAUGCUCGACGACUCGCAGUCAGAAGCCGACUCGGACGACUCCGACAUGGACUCUUCAGACGACGCCGCCUCCUCCAGGCCGACCAAGCGCGCCCCGAGCCCCAGCGCCACGUCCACCACCACCAACCUGGACCUGUCUCCCGAGUUCCUCAAGCAAAAGUUCCCCGCCAUCUUCAACCCGCCCGCCCAAGACCCCCAGAUCCUCAUCACCACGAGCAUCAACUCGUCGCUCCACAAAGAAGCCGAGAUCCUCACCUCGCUCUUCCCCAACAGCACCUACAUCCGCCGCACCAAGCACGCCCACGCACACAAGUAUAGCGUCCGCGAAAUCGCCAGCUUCGCCAGCGCAAGAGGCUACACGGCCCUCGUCAUCCUCAUGCAGGCCCAGCACGAAAAGAAGCCCGACGGCCUCGACAUUGUCACGCUCCCCCACGGCCCGCACUUCCACUUUAGCGUCUCCAACUGGAUCGAAGGCAAAAAGCUGCCCCGCCAUGCAAACGACACGGGCCACUACCCGGAGCUCAUCCUCAACCAGUUCAAAACCCCGCUCGGUAUCCUGACCGCUUGA